GCUAACUACGUGGUUAGCCGUCUUGCAUUCUUCACCGUUAGUUGCGUUUGUGGAGGAAAAUACCUUUGAGCGCUCGGAUUAGGAGACCCCGCUGGACGGGAGCACCGAAAAGGGGAUGUUUUUCUCAAACAUGCGUAUUCAGAAUGUGCCACUGCCGGAAUUUACCUACCAGCUGGUAGACUAACGUAGCCUAAGGCUCUGCACAGGACCAGCAUGUCACCUCUUCUCAUCGCCUUCCUGGCGCUUUUGCUCCUCGGCGUUUUAUCGCUUAUCCUGUUCAGAUGGUUUGUAUGUAGCCUGGCUGUGCGGUUCUUCCACAACAACCUCAAUGCUGAACUGAAGAUCAGAUCAGUGGGUUUCUUCACAGUCAGAGGAAUCAGUGUCCAGUUCCAACCCCAGCAUACUUUGGAGAUUGAUAGGAUAUGGAUCUCGAGCAAAUUGUUCAACCAGGAUUUGCCCCGUUACCUUGCGCUGUGUGUGGGAGAGACUCGGGUUCGAGUGGAUCUGCAGGAGCCCCUGAGGCCCCGAGUGCCCCGGGAUCACGGCGGAGAGCUGAGGAAGCUGCCGAUCAGCCCGGCUGUGUUGUGUUUCCUGUCUCAUAUAUCCUUUCACAUCAACUCCAUAAACGUGAUGGUGUUGAACCUGGCUCUGCCCGAGUCUCUGUGGCACAUGACUACCACCGGGAUCACCCUGCUGCUCGACCAUCACAGCAAGAAGUUAGCAUGGGAGUUCUCUGUGGGUCAGCUGAGCAGCAAAGUGCUGAAGAGCAGUAGACUGCAGGACACGUGUCUGGCGGAGGUGUCCCUGUCCCUGACUCUCUCGGGGGACGUGAGUGUUCCGGACCUGCGGCCCGGCCGGUUUGGGCUCUGCGUCAGAACUCUGCUGGCAGAGAUGCACGAAGGCCUGUUCCUCAGCACACUGCCCCUGUCGGCCCCUCCACAGGACACACACACUGACCCGGACACAGACUGUGGAGAGGCUUACCUGCAGACCAAGACCAUAGAGCGGCUCCAUCAGCUCAUUCCUCAGAAGAUGAGCAUCGAGUUCGACAACACCAACGUCACCCUGUCCAUGCACAGCCAGAAACGGCACCUAAACUGGACGCUGAAGUCUCUGAAGGUGGGCUACGGACGUGAAGACGAGCAGCUUCCUCUAAGGAGCUUCACCCCCGAACUCCGCUUCCCUCACAGCAGCCUGGAGCUGCAACUGGAGGAUGGGCUGCUCCUUUCUCAGAGCCGACAGAGGAUCCUCUGCCUCAACUCUCUCAGAACCGUCUUACAGGUGACAUCGGUGGACAUCUCGGGGUCGGUGACCGUCAACACUUGCAUUAUCCACUAUCGUCACCAAGAAUUUACCCAUUGGCUAGAUCUGUUCCCAUGGAAACAGUUAUUUCACCGGAAGGCCACUCCAAGAAAAACGCUCUUCCCUCAGCUGGAAGCUCCAGUGAUUAUCAGCUCCUCCGUGUCCAACGUGAACGUAUCUGUGCAGCUGGGAGACACUCCGCCCUUCGCCAUAGGCUUCAUUUCAGCCAGCACAGAACUGCAGCACCUGAUGGACUUCCCCGUGGAGGCAGAGAGUUUGGGGUACCAGAGCUUGCACCAGCGUGCCUCUCUCUCUCUGGAGCACUGCUGGUGGCGUGUGGGACAGGGAUCCCACAUUCAGCAAGCACCGCACCCCCCCGACAAGCAUGUGUGGGGCGAGGCCCUCACCCUGAACUCUCUCACCCUGCAGGGGAGCUGUAACCGGUCUCAGCUGGACUCGUCCCUCCCCACCGAGAGCAUCCACGUGGAGUCCAAGCUGCAGGGCAUGCAGGUGGAGGUUUCGGAGACCUGCGCCCUCUGCCUGUCCCGCCUGGUGUCGCUGUUCGUGCAGGACGGCAGGAAGGCCGCCAACGGUCCGGACGUCCUCCCGCCGCCCCCUUCUCACCCCUCGGCCAAUGACGCGGCUUCCCCCGCCUCCUGCGGCCAGCACUCGGUCCUGUUCAAGCUGGAGCUGGGUCUGGAGGACGUCAACGUGUUCACGCUCUCCAACGUGGCAGGUGCUCUCUCCUUGCGGGUGGACGCCGUGGAGACCCUGGGCAUGGCGGAAAGCUCCACCGUCUCGUUCCAGGGCGUCUCGCUCUCCGUGGUGAAGUCGCUGACGGAGGCCAUGGAGCCCUGCUGCCCUGCUGCGCAGUCCCCCAACCCUGUCCUCAGCCUGGCCUCGCUGGCUGUCAGCUACCACGCCACGGCCUGGGGCCUGGAGCUUCGCUGUGAGGAGGAGGUGGAGAUGCACUGGACCCCGGCGGACCACAUGUUCCUGUACCAGCACGUCACGGAGAGCAGGGCCUGCUGGGACACCCUGGCCUCCGCCCUGGGGCUGGAGGCGGAGCCGGCCGUCCCCACGGCGACGGCGGCGGCCCCGGGCCGGACGCUGAACCUGGACGUGCUGCUGGCGGGCGUGGCGGUGCGGGCCUUCGUGUCGGAGCAGAACUACAUCCUGCUGCGGGCCGAGGCGCUGACGCUGGCCCGCCACGGCGGCAGCACGCGGCUGCAGGCCCCGCGCCUCGUCCUCAACUUCGACGGCAACGACAUCGUCACGCUGCGCGGCGCCGAGGCCCAGGCGCUGCCCUGGCCCGACGAGACCACCGCCUUCCGCAGCCACUUCCCCUCCCUGGGCACGGCGCACAACCGCGCCUGGGUCUUCACCAUCCCCUGCCUGUCCGUCGAGUUCCCCUACCAGUACAACUUCUCCGGCACCUUCGACCGGGCCAUCAACGUGCAGAAGUGGCUGAAGAGCCUGCACGGGGCGGGGGCGGGUGCCGGGGCCGGGGCCGCCUCGGAGCCCCCGCUGCCGCCCGACCUGCUCUUCCGCAUCAGCCAGUUCUCCUGGGUGUUCCUGGACGACGUGUUCGAGAUCAAGCUGCGCGACAACUACGAGCUGAUGAAGGACGAGAGCAAGGAGAGCGCCAAGCGCCUGCAGCUGCUGGACCGCAAGGUGGCCGACCUGCGCAAGCAGCACGGCGAGCUGCUGCCCGCCCGCAAGAUCGAGGAGCUGUACACGUCGCUGGAGCGCAAGCACAUCGAGAUCUACAUCCAGCGCUCGCGGCGGCUCUACGCCAACACGCCCAUGCGCAAGUCGCUGCUGACCUGGACGGUGUCGGAGCUGGAGCUGGCGGUGCUGGCCGACGGCUCGCUGCACGGGCCGGAGCGCGUGCGGGAGCAGCUGCGCCGCGUGGACGGGGUCAGCCCCUUCCCGCGCGACGGCCUGCCGCUGGUCAUCCAGUGGGGCCGCGCCGUGCGCUUCAGGCUCGCCGCCUUCCUGGUGAGGAUCCGGGACUACCCCCGGUACCUGUUUGAGAUCCGGGACUGGGAGCUGUCGGGACACCUGAUCGGGACGGAGCAGGACGGACAGUCCCGGGGCCGGAGGAAGCAGGUGGUGCGUCUGGGACAGCCCUGGGGGGACGUGACGGUCCACAGGAACAUGCCCCCUCUCAAAUUCUACUACAACUUUCACUCGAACAUUUCCCUGUACACCAUUGUGUGGGGGCCGUGCUGGGACCCUGCCUGGACUCUGAUUGGUCAGGUGGUGGACUUGCUGACGAAGCCCACGGUGGACCCCUCCCCCCCGCUGGCGUGGUGGGAUAAGAGCCGGCUCCUCCUGCACGGCUGCUGGGUGAUGGACAUCGAGCAGGCCAACCUGCACCAGCUGGCCACCGAGGACCCCUAUAACACCACAGAGAACAUGCACUGGGAGUGGAACAAGCUGAACUUCGCCUGGAACCCGGGACAGUUCGUCUUCAAGGGAGACAUGGAUGUGAACGUCAGGACAGCCUCCAAGUAUGACGAUAUCUGCUUCCUCCACCUGCCGAACCUGUGCAUGACCCUUGACCUGCAGUGGUUGUGUCACGGCAACCCGCAUGACCACCACGCCGUGACGCUGUGCUGUGUGGAGAACGUGGCGGACGUGACCUCGGGCCAGCCGCACGACUCGUACCGGGCCUUCCGCUCGGAGAACCUCAACCUGUCCAUCACCAUGGACCUCAACCAGCCGCGGGAGCCCGAGAGAGGGCCCUGCCAGCCCAAGAUCCUGCUGUACAGCAGCACUCUGCGCUGGAUGCAGAACUUCUGGGCCACCUGGACCGGCGUGUCCCGGCCCAUCUGCAGGGGCAAGCUGUUCCACAGCCUCCGGCCCGUCCGCAAGAAGCUGGGCCAGCACUACAAACAGAUGUCCUACACCGCGGCCUUCCCACAGCUGCAGGUGCACUACUGGGCCUCGUUCGCCCAGCAGAGAGGAAUCCAGGUGGAGUGCAGCAAAGGACACGUCUUCACCCGGGGAGCACAGAGACUCAUUCCACAGGCUGGCACGGUGAUGAGGAGGCUGAUCUCGGAGUGGAACGUGACGCAGAUGGUGAGCGAGCUGUCCCUGGUCACAGUGCACCUCAUGGCCUCCACGUGGGACGAGACGGCCGACCACCAGAUCAACGCCCAGGUGAAGAAGACCCACCUGCUCAGCCUGUCCUCCCUGAGCUACCAGAGGCAGAGCAACCGCGUGGAGGAGGAGGUGAACGUGAAGGAGGAGGGGAACGCCUUCUACACCCACAAGCUGUGCCUGGUGGACCUGCGGGCCUCCUGGACCACCACCAACCGCAACAUCGCCUUCGGCCUGUACGACGGCUACAAGAAGGCGGCCGUGCUGAAGAGGAACCUGUCCACCGAGGCGCUGAAGGGCCUGAGGAUCGACACGCAGAUCCAGGCCAAGAAGCUGAAGCGCUCCCUCUCCAACUACUCCCCCACGACGGCACCCUCCACCCCCAUCACCCCCAGCGCCAGCCGCACGGAGAGGAACCACCACGAAGGCACGUCCAUGCUCCAGAAGCUGAUCGAGGAGACGGAUAAGUUUGUGGUGUUCUCCGAGGAGGACUCUGGAGUGAGUGACCAGCUGUGUGGCAUCGCGGCGAGCCAGACCGGCGAUGUGUACAACCACAACUGGUUCAUCGAGCUCGUCAACUGCCAGAUGAUGCUUCGGGGCACGGAGACGGCCGGCUGUGUGCUGGUGUCUGCAGCCAAGGCCCAGCUGCUGCAGUGUGAGCACCACCCAGCCUGGUACAACGACACGCUCAAGCAGAAGACCACCUGGACCUGCCUGCUGGACGGCAUGCAGUACUUCGCCACCAUGGAGCCCAACCCCUCCGAGCAGGAAGACUGGCAGCUGUGGCUGGAGGUGAAGAACAUCGAGGAGCACAGGGAGCGCCACCUGGACUCUGUGCUGGAGCUGAUGGAGAGCGGCCAGGCUGUGGGGGGCAUGGUCAGCACCACCACAGACUGGAACCAGCCGUCCCAGGUGCAGGAGACGCAGCAGGUGCAGCGCAUCAUCUCCCGCUGCAACUGUCGCAUGUACUACAUCGGCUACAGCCACGACAUCGACCCCGAGCUGGCCACCCAGAUCAAACCGCCCGACCUGCGGGACAGCCACGAGAAGGAGGACCUGCUGAAGAAGCAGGCCGGCGCUGUGGACACCUUCACCCUCAUUCACCACGACCUGGAGAUCUCCACCAACCCCGUGCAGUACGCCAUGAUCCUGGACAUCGUCAACAAUCUGCUGCUGCACGUGGAGCCCAAGCGCAAGGAGCACAGUGAGAAGAAGCAGCGCGUGCGCUUUCAGCUGGAGAUCUCCAGCAACCCGGAGGAGCAGCGCGGCAGCAUCCUGCACCUGCAGGAGGCCGUCCGGCAGCACGUGGCCCAGAUCCGCCGCCUGGAGAAACAGAUCUACUCCAACAUGAGGGCCCAGUCUGAGGACCUGAGAGGGGACGAGCUGAUGGACAUUAACCUGAAGCUGCAGAACCAGCUCAACCAGGAGAAGACCGACCUGCAGAUGAAGAGCGAAGAGCUCAACAUUCUGAUCAGGUGUUUUAAGGACUUCCAGCUGCAGCGGGCCAAUAAGCUGGAGCUGCGGAAGCCUCCGGAAGACGUGAGCGUGGUGCGGCGCACGGAGAUCUACUUCGCCCAGGCGCGCUGGUGCCUGACUGAGGAGGACGGCCAGCUGGGCAUCGCCGAGCUGGAGCUGCAGAGGUUCAUGUACAGCAAGCUAAACAAAUCUGAUGACACUGCAGAGCAUCUCCUGGAGCUUGGCUGGUUCACCAUGAAUAACCUGCUCCCUAAUGCCGCCUAUAAGGUGGUGCUGCGGCCCCAGAGCCCCUGCCAGUCGGUGCGGCAGCUCGCCCUGCGCAUCUUCAGCAAGGUCCGCCCGCCCGUCGGGGGCAUUUCCGUCAAGGAGCAUUUUGAGGUGAACGUGGUUCCACUCACCAUUCAGCUCAUGUACCAGUUCUUCAAGAGGAUGAUGGGAUUUUUCUUCCCGGGGAGAAAUGUGGAGGAAGAGGAAGUGGGCGAUGAAGAGGACAAAUUCAGACUGGUUACGACAGGCAUACAAGUGGUCAAACCUCGUCAGAUUUCUGAGGACUCUAUGGGGGCCCUUGGUCCUAGCAAGGGGGUCACACAGGGGUUAAACCGAACAGCAGGGGUCAGGAGAUCCUUCCGGAAGCCUCCCGAGCAUCCUGUGGAUGACAUUGAUAAGAUGAAGGAGAGAGCUGCCAUGAACAACUCCUUCAUCUACAUCAAAAUUCCUCAGGUUCCCCUCUGUGUCAGUUACAAGGGAGAGAAAAGCAGUGUAGACUGGAAGGACCUGAACCUGGUGCUUCCCUGUCUGGAGUAUCACAAUAACACGUGGACCUGGCUGGACUUCGCCAUGGCGGUGAAGAGGGACAGCCGCAAGGCGCUGGUGGCACAGAUGAUUAAGGAGAAGCUGCGGCUGAAGCCGGCGUCGGGCUCGGAGUCGCGCGGGAAGGCGGCGGAGGGGAAGGACGGCGGCCUGCAGCAGCAGGAGGAGGACGAGAAGGCCCGGCUGCUGAUUGGCCUGAGCACGGCCGACCGCAGCUCCGGCAAGAAGAGCAUCUUCAGCCGCCGCAAGUGACGCUCCGCCCGCCGCGCCCGCACCACCUGUCCUGUAUGAGGGGCCCCGCCUGUCCUGUAUGAGGGGCCCCGCCUGUCCUGAAUCAGGGGCUCCGCCCGUACUGUAUCACGGGCCCCGCCCGUCGGGUGUCAGGGGCCCCGCCCGUACUGUAUCAGGGGCCUGUGGGGACCCCUGCCCCGCAAGCACAGGCCUGCACCCCCACGGGGGGGUCGGGGCAGAUGGGCAGUUUACAGGGCACUGUCCACCCUGGAGUUAUCCCCAAUGAAGAGCCAGCCUGGCGGACUCACCCAUACGGCCCCCCCCCCCCCCCUGUCCCCUAAACCCUGCCCUGCCUGACUCAUCUCACACUGCACAGGGGAGCCCCCAUCCUGGCUGUCAUGUGUAUAGCCAUCUAACACAGUCCCUCGGGUCGGGAGCGGCGGGGGGUUUCGAACAGGGGUCUCUUACCGGGGGCAAUUCCACCCUACACAUUUUAUAUAUACGACAAAGCAUUCAUUUUGGAUUGCCUGUGGCACAGAGCAGGUUGGCCUUGGAGAAAAUAGUUGUGGUCACUUUGAAUACAAAACAAUUUAAUUUUCACUAGGUGCUUUAUUUUCAAUUAUCGUUCUUCGUACUUACAAUAAAGAAUGAUUCUUUUUUUUUUCGUUUGCUUUUACCUAUGAGGUAAUCACUGUGGUGUUUAUGAGGUAAUGUGAUCCCAUGUAAUGAAAUUUUGUCCUGCUUUGUUUCUGCAUUGCCAAUGUGGCUGUGAUUCGCUCCUGCGGGCUCAGGAAUGAAAUGAAACGUGUUUGAGUCUCGAAGAUUCCUUAACACUCGUCUCCGUGCUCCUCCAGGGAGACAUUUGCCUGGUAAAUUGUGGAUUUGUAGUCCUGUCGUGCCUUCAAUUCUGAAGGUUGUAUACGUGUAUAAGACUAAUACUGUUAACUGAUGCUGUGUUCUUGUACCCUAAUGCUUUCUGCCAGUUCCCUUCUGUACAGAGAUGAAGUGCAGCAGCUCACAUUUGAAAGACCUGAAGUCCAGAAAUCCUCCACAAACGGCUAAUGCUGUGUAACUCUUCACGGUCACACUGAGUGAUUCCUCACGGUCACACUGCAAAACUGGAUCUCCGCACGCUAAAGCUGUGGAUCUCCAUGUGCAAAUGCUGUGGAUCUCCGCACGCUAACACUGGAUCUCCGUGUGCAAACACGGUGGAUCUCUGCACACUAAGGCAGUGGAUUUCUGUGUGCUAACGCUGUGGAUCUCUACACACUAACACAAUGGAUCUCUACAUGCUAACACUGGAUCUCUGCACGCAAACUCUGUGGAUCUCAUCAUGCAAAUGCUGUGGAAUCCACCAAGCAAAGGGUGGAUCACUUAUGUUGCUGUUUGCCUUCAAGGUAGUACAAAAACUUAAAUUACCUUUGUUUUGCCACCAACCGUGUGCAAUAUAUAACAGAACAAAAGAAUACUUAAUAGCAAAAUUCUUAUGGGGCCUUUAAUUUAAAUUUGCCUUCAGGGUAGUACACAAACUUAAAUUACCUUUGUUUUGCCACCAACCGUGUGCAAUAUAUAACAGAACAAAAAAAUACUUAAUAGCAAAAUUCUUAUGGGGCCUUUAAUUUAAAUUUCAUUUACAUUUUGGGGCUGUGUUUAUAGCACUUGUGUUUUGAAAGCAUUGUUGGUCAUGGUGGGAUAAAAUGCAUGAAGUGUAAAUGAUGUUUUGUAAUUUUAACACUAAGGCACUUUUUACACAAAGUAUUUUCUGAUGUUUUUUAACCAUGGCUGUUUCUUUGCAAAUUCUGUACAUUGUGAGGUGCUGUUGAUUGGUUUAUUUUGUAGCUUCUUUUGAUGAGGAUUGGUUUUCAUUCUGAAUAUUUCUAAUAAAUGAAAUUGAUAUUUAGAUUUUUUUUUUUUCUCAAUUGUGACACCUGGGUUGUAAUUAUAUUUGCAUUCUAAAUAAUAAAGAGGUAAAUUUAUUGCACCGUGCAUGUAACCACAAGGAUAUUUGUCAAUAAACUAGCUGUACUAAAA